AUGGAUGCCAAGACCUACACAACUAACAAUAUUCUCAUGCCACAUCGGCCGUCGCGUGGUGCCAUCAGCCGGGUCGCCUUAUUUGCUGCAUACAGCAGGGCGGAUUGCCUGAGUGAAUGUCUGGAGGUGCUUUCAAAUAAGUCAUGGCUGUACGGCAGUGAAGCAUUGGUGUUGAGCACUGAUGUCAUGCUGUCGUUGAUGAUGAUGAUGAUGCUAUGGAUACCGCUGACUCAAAGGAAUCAAUCGAAGCCCAAUUCUGAUGAGAGUAGGCGCUAA